UAUCCAUUAUUAUUUUCCCGGAUUAGAGAAAGAGAAACAACAGAUGAGAUUCUUGUGGGAGACACGCGUGGUUCUGACGGCCAAGGGAGCGAGAGUGAGUGAUAUAGGUUAGGUUUGUUCUGAGCCACAACAUGUCUGGACUCUGUACCUUCUCGAAAUUUCCAUUUGACAUUAAAAAAAAAAAAAAAGAUGUGUGACGUGGCACAUAUCAGCUAUUUAAAAUAUUGGUCACUUGCUCCUUCUGCUUCUGGUACCUUCUCUUCUCUCUUCACUGUCUCCUCUUCUCAACUUUUGUAAUUUUCUCGGGAAAAAAAUCUUCCUGUUUCCGGGAAUUUGAUUGAUUUCUCGAGAAAAUUUUUGAAAAAAAACAGUAGGUUCUCUCUCUUCUUUAUCUCCUGGGCGGGCGGAGAGUUUAUUCUCUUUUCCUUAUUGUCGUCUCUUCGAUCUGACCAGACCGGUGAAUCUAAUUAGCGGCUUGUCAGAAUAUAUUUCCAAAUGGCCGCUGAGGAUCGAAGUGAGGAGGAGCUAAGCAGCAAUGUUGAAAAUGGAAGUUGCAAUUCCAAUGAAGGAACCACCAGUCAUUGUUGGACUGAAAACAUUGUCAAGGUUAGGAAACCGUACACAGUAACUAAGCAGAGAGAGAAGUGGAGUGAGGAAGAGCAUGACAGGUUUCUUGAAGCUAUUAAGCUUUAUGGUCGUGGUUGGCGUCAAAUCCAAGAACACAUAGGUACGAAAACCGCUGUACAGAUACGAAGCCAUGCUCAAAAGUUUUUCUCCAAGAUGACUCAGGAAGCUGAUACUAUAAGUGAAAGAUCGAAUAAGGCCGUUGUGAUCCCGCCUCCUCGUCCAAAGAGGAAACCGGCACAUCCUUAUCCUCGCAAAUCCCCUGUUCCAUAUUCUCAGUCUCCUCCAUCUAAUUUGUCAGCUAUGGAGAAAGGAACUAAGUCUCCAACCUCAGUGCUAUCAUCGUUUGCUUCAGAGGAUCAAAACAACAGAUGCUCUUCUCCUAACUCGUCCACCAGUGACAUCCAAUCCAUUGGUGGAACUUCUAUUAAUAAAACAAAUGACCAUGCAACAUCCAAGCAGUCCCUCAAAGAGGUUGCUGUCAAUGGUUCUACACCCAUGUCAAGCAUUGUGCUUUUCGGCAAGAUUGUUCUUGUCACGGAAGAAUCUCACAAACCAUCCUCUAACACAGAUGUUGAUGAUCGUAAAUCAAUGACUGCGAAACAGAAUCACUGCUCUGGGAUUAAGGGUUUGACAUUGCACAUUGAUUCGAGGCACGUUGACACUGAUCUAUCUCUUGGAAUUUGGGAAACGUCUUGUACUGGUUCUAAUAAUGGCUCUGGCUCGGUUACAGAAAUGUCAGAGAACUUGGAGAAGAAUCCUGAGAAACGGUUAAGCUUCUUAGAAAAACAAGGAUCCUGUGAUCCCCCUGCAAGCGGGUUCAGGCCAUACAAGAGAUGCCUAUCAGAAAGAGAAGUUACAUCAUCGUUGUCACUGGUAACUUCAGAAGAACAGAAAAGCCGAAGAAGGGCACGCGUAUGCUCCUAGCGCAAGUGCGACCUUCUUGUACAGUUUAGCAUCUAUUUAUGAUGGUCCGAGAGCAUAUUGUUUCACCAUUGGUGGGUGACUUGGAUCAUAACAUUCCACGAACCAAAUCUAAUUUCGAAUUUGUAAGUGAUUUACUUGUCUACCACAUGUAAUUCUUGUAAUGAAGUUUCUUCUGUUGUUUCACAUCAAGAAGAUAGUUCCUUUUUUCUUCAUAUACAAACUCAAUUUACAGUGUACUUGUUUGGCCACCUAUCUACUUGUAACUCUGUUUCAA